AUGGCAGGAAUGCCAGACCUCCUGCAGGCAGAAAAACCGUGGAGGACAGGGAAAAGCGAGACCCCGUCCCAUCCUCAUCGCCUCACGGGCUCGCCUCACGGGCUCGCCUCACGGGCUCGCCUCACGGGCUCGCCUCACGGGCUCGCCUCACGGGCUCGCCUCACGGGCUCGCCUCACGGGCUCGCCUCACGGGCUCGCCUCACGGGCUCGCCUCACGGGCUCGCCUCACGGGCUCGCCUCACGGGCUCGCCUCACGGGCUCGCCUCACGGGCUCGCCUCACGGGCUCCGCUCGGCGCCUUGACGCGGGGCGGAGCCGCUCAGCGCUGGCGCGGUGCCGCCGCUCGGUGCCGCCGCCCCCCGGCCGCACCGACCACCUGAUCCCGCUCCGCCCGCCGCAGCCGCAGCCUUUGUGUGAGGAGCGGGGCGGCGCGGGGCGGCCCCAUGAGGCGGUGAGGGAUGGCGGCGGUGGCGGCGGCGGGCGGCCGCCGGGCCCCGACUCGUCGCUGGAGCCGUACGUGCAGACCCGCAUCUUCAAGAUCAUCGUGAUCGGCGACUCCAACGUGGGCAAGACGUGCCUGACCUUCCGCUUCUGCGGGGGCACCUUCCCCGACAAGACCGAGGCCACCAUCGGCGUGGACUUCCGCGAGAAGACGGUGGAGAUCGAGGGCGAGCGCAUCAAGGUGCAAGUGUGGGACACGGCUGGCCAGGAGAGGUUUCGGAAGAGCAUGGUAGAGCACUACUAUCGCAACGUGCAUGCCGUCGUCUUCGUUUACGACGUCACGAAGAUGACUUCCUUCACCAACCUCAAGAUGUGGAUCGAGGAGUGCAACGGGCACGCGGUGCCCCCCCUGGUCCCCAAGGUGCUGGUGGGGAACAAGUGUGACUUGAAGGACCUGAUCCAGGUGCCGUCCAGCAUGGCCCUGAAGUUCGCUGACGCUCACAACAUGCUGUUGUUCGAGACCUCAGCCAAGGACCCUAAGGAGAGCCAGAACGUGGAGUCCAUCUUCAUGUGCCUGGCCUGCCGGCUCAAGGCGCAGAAAUCGCUGCUCUACCGCGAUGUGGAGAGGCGGCCGGGCCGGGGGCACCGCCUGGAGCUGACGCGCGACGCCAACGGUAAAAACGCCUGCCCGUGCUGAGCCGGGCGGCCCCGCCGCUGCUAACAAUAAAGUCUGUGAGGCUGCACUG